AUGUAUGACACGUAUCUGAUGAGCAGAUUUCUCGGUAUGCCGUUGCCACCAAACUACGAGGAUCGGCUCUGGAUCACCAAAAUUCUCGACCAUAUGAGUUACGAAGAGGCUUUCAGUCGACGGCAUGAAAUCGCUUUUCGUCCUUACAAGAAGGACCGCACUGCCAACAUCCAUAACAAAUGGGUCUACAAGGUUGAAUUUGAACUCUACAACGGCUCACACAUCCAAACAUGGGAGAUCGAAGACCAUCUUGUGCACUUGAAAGAGCUCGAUACCUACAAGGAGAAAUACAUUACUGGAACUGAAGAUCGGUCGAGAAUUUAUACACGCUGUCACUGGACGAGCAGCAGCGACGACGAGAAGGAAUCGAAUGUGUCAGAUGAAGACACCAUCAUAUCAUGA